AUGUCGGCCUUCCACAGACGUCAAAGCAUAGAUCGCGACAUCGAUACUUUGUUGGAAGAGAUAUUUGUCCUAGCCGAGCGUGUACGGGUCCUCCGCGGGCAUCGCAAUCAGCUGGCACCGAUCUCCCGAAUCCCCCCGGAUGUCCUGCUAUCAAUAUUCCGCCUGUCCAUGCCCGAGGAGGGCAAACGUCUGUUUCCUUCCAGCCACAACUUCUCGCACGUUUGCCAAUACUGGCGUUAUCUCGCGGUAGACAGUCCCUUGCUCUGGUCGAAUGUACCUCGGAACACACACGAACUGACCGCGAUGUUCUUGGAGCGGUCACAAAGGAUCCCGUUGACCUUCUGCGUGAAGAAUGACAAGCAUGUUGAGGACGCCGCAAUCAACAUUGCCCUUGAUCAUAUGGACCGCACUCAAACGUUGUAUCAUCGCGCUUCGACCAACAAAAUCGGGGAUUACGUAGAUCGCCUAUCACGGCCUGCCCCAUCACUUGUCCAAUGCACGAUUAUCUGGACAUCCUACGGACGGAAGGUACCGCUCCCAGACACGUUCCUUGGUCUGUAUGCGCCGCGGCUGCGAAACCUGCAUCUCUGCGGUCUAGAUCUCCCAUGGCGCGCCUUGUGUCAACCAGGGCUCGUACGGAGCCUGACAAGCUUGACACUGCGCAUCUCAUCCUCGUCUUUGUCGGUUCGGGACGUUAUCGCGACGCUAAGGGCAACGCCCGCACUGGAGAACCUCGUCAUGGAGAAACUGUGGUAUCAGGAGGCGCGGACUGCUCCGAUGGACGACGUAAACAUGAUUGCGGAUGUCGACGUCGAAUUGUGCAGCCUAACGACUUUGAAGAUACGCGAAGAGGCAAACCGUCUUUGUAGCUACCUACCCUUUACUCGGGUUCCGCCAACCACUUCGGUGUCCAUCGAGCUCUUUGGGGAUUCAUGCGACCUUACCCCAUUAAAGGACUUCCUCGAGGGUCUAAAUCCAGCCCAAGAGCCCGUUCGUUGCUUAGCAUAUACAAAAGGUACUAGCCCCUUGGACGGCUCGCUCGUCAUCGAGCUUCACGCGGACCCAAUCUCGGUCGGCGGUCCUUCUCAGAUCGAGGAGUACAAGGACUCAAUCACAGACGAAGAUCACCCCUGUUUACUGCGAGUAGCCGUACCAGUCACCUGGAGAAGCGCUGGCCACCCGAUCCUGGGCGCAAUGCGCCUUGCCGCCGUUGGCUGCCUCGAUGUGUCGCUCAAGGAGGACGACGCGAUGUUCUCCAGACACCUCUUAGAACAUUGCACGAACGCGACCGAGCUGCUGCUCGUGGGAGUGCUCACGUGCGAGGUCAUCCUGCCCACGUUGGUUCCUCAAGCAGAGUCGAAUAUGGUGCGGCUGCUCCCGGAUUUGAGACGGAUGCGGAUUCAUCUGCACUGGCGGGACCUCCCGGAAAUGGUGAUGACGGACUUGAAGGCCGUUCUUGCAGAUAGAAAUGGUGUCUCGGCACCGGAGCUCCAGCUUAGCAUCAACAGAGAUGUGGAAUCGACAAUAUAUGCCAGCCUUUCCCAAGCGGCUGGACGUCCCGGACUUGUGAUUUCAGAGUACUGA